UGGCGUAAAGAAACUUGCCCAUAGUUUCACGCUGCCGGGGAUCAAACCCGGAUUCACUUUCUUGCGAGGCGAGCAUGCUGACCAUUGCACCAGCCCCUACCUAACCUAACCUAACAGAGGAACAAGUCGUAUAUACAUUAAAUAGUCAAAAGAAAUAACAUUGCUAAAGUGAUGGAAGUAAAUGCGUCGCCUAGUAAGACGUUCAGGUGAACUAUAUUUCCCCAACAAUAGUUUUCAGUAAAGUUAUAUAAAACAAAAGUGACUUAAAAUAAAAGCAAAUCUAUGGGUGAUAACGUCUAAGACACAUUGUUGGGCGUUUGUGACAUUAUGACAGUGUGAGUGUCGUCAACAGUGGCAGAGUGACGGGUUAGUGACCGUCAACAGCUGCUGGGGAAGUGUGAGUGUCGUCAACAGUGGUGGAGUGACGGGUUAGUGACCGUCAACAGCUGCUGGGGAAGUGUGAGUGUCGUCAACAGUGGCAGAGUGACGGGCAGUGACCGUCAACAGCUGCUGGGGAUGAUGGUUGUGGCCUCUGUUCUAGUUCACUUAAUCAUCGGGUGUGUGAUGGGCGUGAGUGUGGGCGUGAGGAUGAAGGCUCUAGAAGGACCCAGAUACGUGGUGGAGGGCGGUAACGUCAGCCUCACCUGCAGGUUUGAUCUGGAAGGCGACGCUCUCUACUCUGUCCUCUGGUGGCACGAUGGUUCAGUCCUCCUCCGCUACACAGUCCACUACAGCGAGCAGCAGAACGGAACCAUGGUUGACGGGGAGGAUGUACUGGUGCUGGACCCAAUAAGUAACGUCACCACCCGACCUCUGGCCUGGUUCCCAAUACAGGGGGUCCAAGCACAGCUGGGACCAGAAGGUGAGCCAGAGCAAGUGUGGCUGCUGGAGGUGGGUCAGGAGGCCGCUGGAGUGUACACGUGUGAGGUGACGACAGAGGCGCCGCCAACCUUCCUCACCGCUAAUGCUUCCAUCACUCUACAUGUUGUGGGUAAGGUUAGGGGACGUUUGGUUAGGUUAGGUUAGGUUUAUUUUGGCUAACAACUAUAACAACAACAAUACCAACAACAACAACCACCACUUUGAAAAUAAUCCCCUAGUCAAUAACCUUUCCUUCAAGCAGCAGAUUAUGUUCAUUACGAGCCAUUGAUGCCGACAACACAGGUGAUGUCUCUCUGAAAAGGCUCUUGGCAGUAAAGCUCAUUAUUUCCAUUAACUUAUUGAGAGGUUUUCUCUGUCUGUUUAGCCGUCUCCCUCUAUGUCUGUCUGUCUCUCUUUAUCUCUGUAUGUCUGUU